AUGUCUCCUCCAGCCUUGAUUGUGUUCGAAGAUGGUUUAACCAAGAAAUGGAGCAACGACGAGUGGCAGGGUCUCAGUGUUUAUCCCGGAGAAAACCCUAACCCUAACUUUAAUUUCUUGGUGAAGAAUUCGGCUCUGCAGAACCAGCUGACCGUUUCACCGAUGAUCUCGCGCCCAUCGGUGAAAGACGAAAGCUUCAGAAUGGUCUUACCUCUGGCCAUGUCUCCACCAAGAGAUAACGCCGUGCCGCUUCCUGUUCUUCCCGAGCCGAUGAUGAAACCACGAAAGAAGCUUGGCAACCAAGAAACCAUGCUUUCUCUACGAAAAUCUAGGGAUCCCGAGAAAACCCUCUACUAUGGAGAAGAAGAAGAAUUCAAGUGCAAUGCCUUCUGUUUAUCCCUCUCUGGAUUUGGGAAGCAAAAACCUAUGAGGUCGCCAAAAAGCGAGGAUUCUUCCAUAAAGAAGAAAAUGAUCAAAGUGUCAUCGUUCUCAAACUCCUCUGUCUCGCUAAGCGCCUCACUCGAGAAAUUCGAGUGUGGCUCAUGGGCUUCAACAACGGCUUUGACCCAAGGAAACGGCCGAUUGUACUUUGAUUUACCGGUGGAAAUGAUCAAAUGUGGAGGUGGAGAUAUGCAAGAACCAGUGAGCUCAGGUUUCUUCUUCGACAAGGAAACGAGAGGUCUAGCUUUGAGAAGCGUUCUAAAGACAAGUAGUUCUCUGUCGGGAAGACAACAAAGAGUUUCCGCGGAGACGUCACCGCAACGCCGUGUCAGAUUUUCAACCACGACCUCGGUUUCGUGCCCAACUUCGCCUAGAUCUUGUAUCACCCCACGGCUGCUUAAAGCUAGAGAUGACUUCAAUACGUUCUUAGCGGCACAGAACGCGUGA